GCACAAAACACCAAAGCUGUCGGCGUUAACCAGACUGUCCCCUCCACUAUAUAUGACCUCCGAAAGCUAACUCUCACUCUCACACGCGCACUCCUUUCCUCAUUCCAAUCCUUUUUUGCUACGUACACCGAGUCAAUGCCCGUGGACGCGCUUCACGUCUCUGGAACUCCGACAGGAGAGACACAGUCUCGGUUUCCGGCGCCGGGGAAGCGCAUGGCAGUUCAUUUCAGGGGCGUGCGCAAGAGGCCGUGGGGCCGGUUCGCGGCCGAGAUCCGAGACCCGUGGAGGAAGACCCGUAAGUGGCUCGGCACCUUCGACACGGCAGAAGAGGCCGCCUUAGCCUACGACGAGGCCGCAAUCAGCCUCCGAGGCAUCAAGGCCAGGACCAACUUUGGCCUCCACGGCCUAGUCAUUACUCCUCCCGUCGUUACCGGUGGCUCUGGUGCAAGGGAACUUUUCGGCUGGAGACCCUCUCCGGGCUACGUAUCAGGUGCUGCUAAUCCCUCGGCGUCGAUGUCGGAGUACAAGGGGUACAAGAUGGAGAACGUGGAUGUGGCGGUGAGCGAGCAGGAAGAGAAUAGUCAAACGAAGAAGCCGUUUCUCUUCGAUCUGAAUCUACCUGCGCCGCUGUUCUGAACCACCGGAGAUGGCGGUACCCGUUUAAUCAGCCAUUCAAAGAACACUAUCUUGAGCUUAAUUAAACAGAAUAACAAUGAUGAUGGCGAUAAUGAUGAGCUAGGAACAUGAGCGGAGCGGUGGAAGAGGACGAAACAAUGAGCGUAGGGGUGCGGCAUAAUAAUAGCGUUUGACUGAGACCGAAACAGAGAGAGCACAGUCUCUGCAUUUUGUUGCUUACUUUUACCUGUCGGUCUGAUUGACUGACCCACUCUUUCUCCUCCAACUGACACGUCUUUUGUUUUUAACUUCCUCUGCACGUUGGUUGCCCUUUUCCUCUUUUUGUUUCUUGUUUUUUUAUCCUUCGACGACAAACACGA